AUGGAUAGUACCGAGGAGUUCCAACCCCGUUCAUCAACACAACAACAGGGCGCCGAUGCUCGAGUCCUCACUACCCGUGUCUGGAUCGAACAACAAGACAAUGCCAUCCAAGCCGGGGGUCGGAUUCUCAACUAG